CUUGUCUUACACUUGGUGCCUCGUAUCUUACACGAACACAUUCACUUGUGCUGGAGUAAGAGUAAGCUCGUCUUUACGUAAAUCUUCAAAAUGGGGGUAAGUUUUACAAGAAUUUUGCCUUUUUUUCAACAACUUCUUCUGCAAGUUUUGACUUGUCAUUUCCUUUCACCGGUGCUCGAAAUGUGCGUGUAAAAUGUUAUAUUUUUCAUGCGGAUGAGCUGUGACACUAAUAUCAAUCCCUCCAAAUGGAACAAUUUCUUAUAGAAAAGACAUUAAGUAUGGGGUUAGCUCUCGGCUAACGGUACAAGCCGAAAGUUUAACCUUCGCAGAGGUAAUGGUUUUUAAACUUGUGCAAACUGCGGGCGAAAAUUGCCGUUUUCUCAACCGAAAUCUUCAGAGGAGAGAUUUUAAGAUUGUUCGCUUCUCGGAAACUGAAAGUGAAUACUUUCUACAUAUCGAUUUCUGAACUUUCAAUUUCGUAAAAAGAAUUAAAGCCAAGUUGCAUAAAAGAGAAUGUUGAAAAAAAAAGGACGAAAAUUGACAAGUUUCGCCGGCAUAAUUUAAGUUUCUGAAUUCAAAUCGCGGUUUCUUCUUACUUCCUGUAACUUCCGGGAAAGAGAAAAACUGCACCUUUCACUUUGGAAGCUUUAAAUCCAUCUGGUUCUUAAAAAAUAAAAAAAAAAACCAGCUUUCUAACCAGGUAGAAAUUUCUAAGUUAAAAAUAUUUGAUCCACGAUAUUAAAAGAAUAUUACGUUUAAAAUUUCCACUAACUCAGCCUGGAAGUCAUCGUAUACGAGCAUUGCAAAUUGAACUUGAACAGUUAGAUUUACAACAUCUUUACCACUAGCAAAGGGAAUUUUUAUGUUCUAUUUCUUUCGUUGAUAGCCCAACAAAACGCAAUGCUCCGCGUCCGUCAAUUAAAAAAACGACUGCAAACAUUUCCGAGAAAGUCUGUCAGUUGUUUUGAUUGAGUAGAGUCACGCAAAUUUUAAAACCAUGCAACACGAAAACACAGAAUAAGUCACAAAACAUUUAUUUCCACAGACAAUAGCGGCAAGGAUUAAGAAAUACCCCCACUUCAUGAAAGUGGUCAAUGUAAAUGAGAAAACAUCUCAUUUAAACGACUUAAAUUCUUACCUACCCAACGGUCAUUAGAAAGACUUUUCAUCGUCCAUGAGAAUCGACAUAUUUAAUAGUGGUGUGAACAACCCUGAGUUUUAUUUCAUUUACACUGAAGAGCGAGUUCAUUUAUGAUCUAGUUACGAGUGAUAUGAUCAAGAGACGUAGGAAAGGCCUAAAAGUCACGCUUCUCCUCUCCACUCGGACUCAAAGCGGUGAUCUUAAGAUGAUCUAACUCUGAGUGACUCUUCUACGUAACUCUGAUCGACCCUCCUACUUUGAACUCUAUGGUACACGCUUAUAUAUUCACAGUAUAUACCCAUGAAUGGGCAUGCUGGUCAAACAAUUGAACAGAGAAAGAUGUUUUUUCGUUUUUAGAUCAAACAAUGUUUUCAGAACAGACCCUCGGAUUAUGCACAGCCAGGAUCUGAGCAAAUAACCAACAACAUAAUCCUAACUGUUAGGGUUUUGUCGAUGGCGUAAUGUUUGUAACAAUCAAUCAGUGUACAUGGUUUUACUAUGAAAAAAUCAAUCCCAUUGACAGACCUUCGGAUUCCAAACACUUACACAAAAUCAAGAAACAACAACAUAAUUUAUGCUUCUGAUCAAAAAGUCAAUUUUUAACAGCCAAAGCCAAAACAAGAACCUUAAGCUUUGUCUAAGUUCAAGGCAGAGGUCAACAGACAAAUUAAGCACGUCCACAAAUGGAAGUUAGACAAGACAGUCUCAAUCAGGGAACUCACUGUGAUAGCUAAAACCAAACUAAGUUCGGACUUUGAACUCAAAUGUUAAGUAAAUACGAUUGAACUUGUAUUAAUUGUACUUGUCCUGCUUUCAGAGACUGUUCGAUACAGGUGAAGGAAACAAUUAAAAAGAAUUUCACUAAAACAUUUAAUUUGGGAGAGAAAUUUUUUUAGUUUUAAAGGGUCCUGACCGACCGUUUGAUACAGGUGGAGGAUAAUAGAGGGGUGCAUGACCGUUUAAAUAGAGACGGUUUAAUAGUGAUUAAUAGUGGAAAAAAUUAAGGGGAUUACUUUGACAUCUGACCGCUUAAUACAGGGUGAUCACUUACACAGUUUCGGCGGUAUAAACACAAAAAUCAUAAUCAACGAAAUACUUCACAACACUGACAUUUGUUUCGUGCACAAAUCAAGAAAGAAUUUGAGACCCUGAAAAGAUUCGUGCCUCAGAUCCUACGAUUUUGUUUUUCUUUUAGUUUGUCUAGGCUCUUGCAAGAAGGGCGCUAUAUCAAUGGUCGAAUUUAUGACUCAUGAUAUUGACGCUAAAAUUAUUCUUCCCUUCUCCCUAGAGUGGUUCUAGUCAAGAGACUCACUACACGUAUGUGGAUAACUCAGAAACAGAAAGGCGUGAAGCAGAGGAGAAAGAGAAAAGACGGCUGGAGAAUGAACGAAAACAACGUGAGCACGAGGAAAAAAUGCGUAUAAAGAAAGAGAAGGAAGAAGAAGAGAGGAGACGAAGAGAGCAACUCAAGGAACAACGGCAGAAGGAAAUAGAAGAAGAAGAAGCCAGAAGACGAGCAGAAGAACAGAAACUUUUGCAACUGGAGGCCGAACUUUGCCGACGCCGAGAUCAGUUGUUCAAUUACAAGUUUGGAGACAAGACCAGGCUUGACAAUUUUAUGGGGCUAAACAUUGAUGAUGUAACCCAGCUCAGGAUCGGUGUGUUUGGCCCCACGGGAUCAGGGAAGAGUUGCUUCAUCAACACAUGUGAACGGGCGGUGAGGCAAACAGAAAAAGGAUCCGCCCCGGACAGCACAACAGGACAAGAGGGAACCAUCACACUCCAGGACUACCUGCCAGAGAUGUUCUUCCGCUUGGUAGACACCAGGGGCUUCUUCAACUACAACUCCAACGAGAACAUCGAGUUUCAGAAUAUCCUGUUCGGGAAAAUUCAGCCCGGAGAUAACAUCGUUCGCCCUGACAAUGACGAAGACAACACACAGGAGUUGCAUCAAUGUCCAGCAUUUGAAAAAAAACUGCAUGGAAUCAUUAUUGUCGUGAUGGCUAACGACCCAAGACUCACUGAAGGUGCCUUGAGGGAUUACCUGAAACCAGUUCGAGAUGUCCUAAGAAAAAACGGUAUUGUAUGAAUCCGCGCACAAUAAAUUUUAUGAAUCCCACUUAAAGACCCAGCUCAGCGUAGAGUCUCUGUGGCUCAGUGGUAGGGCAUCAGAGCGCGGAAUUCAAGGUCUGACGUUCGAUUCCUCAUGGGGUCUCAGAAUUUUUUCUUCGUCCCACGCUUGUGGCGAAAAAAUAUCUUGCUCUGGUAUUGUUUAAUACCCACAGAGGAACACUGAAACCGGUCAAUGACUUAAAAAAACGGUGCUGGCCUACAGACAAGAACUAAUCAAAUGGUAGAGGACAGUAUGUGACCAUUUUCAUUUGUUUUUUUUUUUUUAACAGGAAUCGCCCCAAUAACUGUUAUAACUCAUAAGGACAAACUGAAAACUGAAGAAGAUGAGAAGGACGCUUUUGACGAGGCAUCAGCUGCUACCGGUAGCUCUCCUAGCCACACUUUCUUCAUGUGGAACUACACCAAAGAAAACAAGGAACGUAACCCUGAGAUAGAGCAGAUGACAUUUGACAUCUUGCACUAUGCUUUGAUGACCGCCGAACGGGCUGUCAAGAUCAUGAAGCAAAAAGAGAAAAACAAAAGAGAGGAUGAGAUGAUGAAAGCCCUCGAGGGAGUUACUAUGAGUGGACAAGUGGCACCUGAUUCCGUUGAUGGUAAGCUAAUUAGAAUAGUGCAUGGUGCAUGUUGCAAUAAGACAUUGAGAACGAAGGCCUCUGCUGUAUGAGUCAUCGAUUCCGUGCAAUCUAUAUCAUUACAAAAUAAUUCAAAUAGUACGCGCGCUCUGAUUGGCCAUAAAACCAUUGUACAUGAGCGUAUGUAAACACGGUUUUCGUUCCUCUUUCAUUAGUUAUUUCAUAAAAGAAAUGUAAAAUGGUUUUUGUGUUUACAUAGCUUGAUGUAAACACUUGGGAGGUUGGGAGAACGCUCGAUAAACUGGAAACCACUCUGCUUAGCGUCGUGGUUUCUUACGCUUAUCUCGUUUUCUCCCAACCUCCCGCGUGUUUACAUCAGGCUAUGUAAACACGAAAACCAUUUUACAUUUCUUCAAUUCAAAACCGUGCUGAAAGGCACCAAAUUGUCGCUAAUGCAGGGGAGUAAAAUUAGUUUGAGAGCGGGCAUUAAAUAGUAUGAGCUACAGGUGUAAGCUGGGGAAAACGUUCGAGGAGAAUUCUGAGGUAGAAAUGAUUUUUUAUUAUGCGUAGAAUUGUUUUUCCGUACAUGAAGCUGAAAACUCGCUGUAUAUUUUUAUACCGCACUAACUUGCAUUGCAGGCAUCCCUUCAGGGCGGGCUAACGUUACAAGUUCGCGAUCGCUUAUAAAGCAAUUAUCAGACCAGCCAUCUUUGAUUUGGAGUAAGAGUCUACCAUGGGGGUAGGGGGUGGGGGAAGGGCGAGAAGACUCGGUAAUCCUCACUCCCCCACCCCUACCUCUCUACAAAUUUUUGACCGUCGACCGCCCCCUUGGUACAAAUCUCUUUCUCUCGCUAGCCUUCCGCUACCGUUAACAUCAAAGAUCGCGGCCAUGAUUUUCGCUGAGAAAAUACAGAGCACUCGCCAAAAUUACGCCUGCUCUACAGGCCAGUACCGCACUGGCAGCAUAACUUCCUCACUUGGCACUGACUGACCGCAAAAACUAAUUUUUCGUUGCUUUUCGCUGGGUGCCUUAGGUUUAAUAGCCACUAAUAUUUUGUACUCUUUUUUUUGGCUCUUAUCACCGCGUUAUUAAAAUUUUAUUACGUAACUGAGUGUGUAUGAAUUAACAAAAUGUCCUCAUCGACAUUAAAAUUAUUUUCCCCACAGCUUCGGUGGAAGUGUUUUUGCGUUUCCUCCAGAAGGAAUAUCAGUGGUCAACAAACAGUAUCAUGACGGCUUCGAGCAAGUUGGCCAAAGAUGACAUAACAAGUGUAAAGUUAUUAGCCAUGAGCUGGAGUGAAGUUCGUCACCAUUUUCCAGCUGGUAUGAGUAGAAUGAUCGAGAAGGAGCUCAGGAAACGAGGCAUGAUCUCAUGAACAAUUGGGUGGCGUCUGAACACGGACUCAACGCACAGGAAACCGUAGUUUCUUGAGCAAAUUUGACCAAUUUUUUUUUCUAACGUUUAAGGGGCAAUAAAUAGACUAAUGCUGGGCGCACAGUUGUUUUUAAAAGACAACAUUUCAUUUCUGAUGUUUAGGAUAAAAAUAUAUUGAAUGUAACAUUGUUAGAAUCAUGAAAAAUAUUUUGACUACAGGUUCAUAGGUUUACUUGCUCCCUGCUGGUGUUUCAGAACAUAAAAAUUUAUGAAACCAUUACUAUAUAUUUCUCAGAUAGUUUCAUCAAGAAUUGCAUCUGUCAUAGUAACUAAUAAUUAGUGAUUAACUACGAUAAUAUGUUGCCCUUCUACUUAGGGGUGUUGAUUAAAAGCAUUUGUCCUUCUGUUAGUGAUCGUUGAAUCUUUAUAUAUGCCCG